AUGUUCCUCCUGCUAUGCGGCUUCUUCUGUGGGACCUUUGCAACAAAACAACCACAGACACCAGCCUGCUCCGCCAAAACCUUCAAGUCCCUCUCAUUAAGUGAGAUCAAAAUCCUGUCUGUUCAUGUUACCGCCAAUCGCAACUUCUCAACCAGUGGCCGCAAUUCGACUGGUGGUGUUGGUGUCAUCCCUGACAUUCCUGGUGUCGAAACCCCAACUGUGGACAUCUGCCUGAUCUCUAUAACAUAUACACACCCACACCAGAACGAUGUUAUUAACACCUACAUCGGUCUCCCACUGGAUGCAAGCAAGUGGAACUCACGCUUCCUCAUGCAUGGAGGAGGUGGAUGGUCUGCCGGUGGUCAAAGCAGCAUUCUAACACCAGUAUUACUCGGAUACACGUCUUCCUCCACCGAUGGAGGGCACAGACCCGAUGAAUCAACUGCAGAUUGGGGUCUGACCAGCCAGGGACGAACGAAUUGGCCUAAUCUUCGCGACUUUUCAAGUAUCGCAAUUACGGAGGCUGCGGUUCUGGGAAAGCUCGCGACCAAGCUGUACUAUGGAAAGCAUGCCAGGUAUUCAUACUGGCAUGGAUGCUCUACCGGUGGUCGACAAGGACAUGCUAUGGCACAGGAAAACCCUGAAUUGUUUGAUGGAAUUGUUGCUGGUGCAUCUGCGAUCACUUGGGAUAAGUUUGCCACGGCGGGUCUAUGGGGACCAUUCAUUGCACAACUUUCAAACACCAAGCCACCGGUGUGCGUGAUUGAAGCUGUUAAGGAGGCGGCCAUUGCAGAGUGUGACGCUCUUGACGGCGUCACAGACGGAAUUAUUGCCUACCCAGGCCAAUGCGACUUUGAUGCAUCCUCCCUUGUCGGUCGCGAAGUGAAUUGCACCGAUCCAAACGGGACUGUCAUUAUCACCAAGGAAAUUGCUGACCUGGUCUCUGCCGUAUGGCAAGGGCCCGAAUCAGUAGAUGGUGAAUCCUUGUGGCAUGGGUUCCACUAUGAUUCCGACAUUGCGUCCAUGAUCGGCACGACUUGCACUUCUAUCAAUAACUGUACCAUCGUUCCAUUCCCCAUUGCCCAAGACUGGGUUAGUGCGUUCCUCGCUCGCAGCCGCUCGUUCAGUGUCAAUGGCCUCACUCGCCAAAACUACGAUCGACUUUUCCAUCAAUCCGUCGAGCAAUACUCCUCCAUCAUCGGCACUUCAAACCCCGACUUGUCGAAAAUGAAAAAGACCGGAACAAAAAUGCUAGCCUGGCACGGCAUGGCCGACCAGCUAGUUCCCACGAAUAGCUCUGUCGAGUAUUACGAGCAGACGCAAAGCCUCGACCCCGAUGUCGACAGCUAUUAUCGAUUGUUCCUCGCGCCCGGCGUCACCCAUUGUGGAUUCGGUAAUGGAUUUGAUCCCGCCGAAACCGUCUUCGACACUAUGCGAGCCUGGGUUGAGAAUGGAACAGUCCCAGAUCGAUUGGAAGGUGUGGCUGUGGCUGUUGGAAAUACCUCCAGCACCCGCACGGGCUACCUGUGUCCAUAUCCCCAAGUUUUCACGUAUGAUGGUGGAGACGUCAACAGUGCGUCGUCAUUCAGUUGCCGUUAA